AUUUUGAUUUCAGUGAAGUCCACCAAAAUAUGCACAAGUUUGCAAAUCAGUGGGAAUAUGAAGAAAAAAGUUACAAAGGAGUGACUACAACCCCUUGCAAAAAUCUCACUGGUAGUAGAGAUCAACAACAUAAAUCCUGGAAUAAUUUUCCUUUAAAGCAGAAUGUUUCUGUAAGAAGUAUGUCUCAAUAUUACAGAUAUUACAAGUCAUAUAUGAGGAAUAAGGAACUAAAAAGUCACGUAGGCUAUUCAGGAAACAAGUUUUUGAAAUGUUUGGAAAAUAGGCUUGGAUUAAGCCUUCAUUCACAUUUGGCUGAACUGCAGGUUUUUCAAACUGAGGAGAAAAUUUAUGAAUGUAAUCAAGUUGAGAAGUCUAUCAAAAACUGUUCCUCAGUUUCACCACUUCAAAUAAUUUCUUCUAGUGUCAAAACCAACAUUUGUAACAAAAAUGGGAAGGUUUUAACGCAUCCUUCAUUGCUUACACAACACCAGAAAACACAUAUUAGAGAAAAGCCCUACAAAUGUAAUGACUGUGGGAAGGCUUUUAGCCAUUGCUCAGUCUUAGCUAAUCAUCAAAGAAUUCAUUCUGAACAGAGACCUUACAAAUGUAGUGAGUGUGGCAAAACCUUUAACAGAUUCUCAAACCUCACAAGGCAUCAGAGAAUUCAUACUGGGGAGAAACCAUAUAAAUGUAAUGUAUGUGGUAAGGACUUUAUGAUACGUUCACACCUUUGGGGUCAUGAGCGAAUUCAUACUGGAGAGAAACCUUACAAAUGUAAUGAGUGUGGCAAAGCGUUUUCUGAGCAUUCAAAUCUUGCUCAACAUAAGAGAAUCCAUACUGGAGAGAAACCUUAUAAAUGUAAUGAGUGUGGUAAGGAUUUCACCACACGUUCACACCUCUGGGGCCAUGAGAGAAUCCAUACUGGAGAGAAACCAUACAAAUGUCAUGAGUGUGGCAAAGCUUUCACUGGGAGUUCAAACCUUACUCAACAUAAGAAAGUUCAUACUGGAGAGAAACCAUAUAAAUGUCAUGUAUGUGGCAAGGCCUUCAGUCAGAAUUCAAGCCUUACAGUUCAUCAGAGAAUUCAUACUGGGGAGAAACCUUACAAGUGUCAUGAGUGUGGCAAAGCCUUUAAGCAGUACUCAAGUCUCAACAGACACCAGAAUAUACAUGGAGUGAAGACACAGAGGUACAGUGUGUGACCUCUCAUGUGCCGCCAUGAUGAAAAACACCUGUAAAGGAACUUUACACCUGUAAAGGAACUUUUUAAAAAUUGCGGUCCU